UUUAUUGUGAGUUAGAAUUUGGUUCUACAUUUUUCUCCAGCUCUGUCCGGGACCCUCUGUUGAGAUCCCUGUCAGAGCAGUCAGUGGUGGUAGAGAUCAUUCUUCUUUUUAAUGUGAACUGCAACUGCUUUAAACUUUCUGCUAAGCCUAAUGGAGGGCAAAGCACAGACACAUAGAAAACCAAAGCUUUCUGACCAUUUUGAAGGCCCCUUUCUUGAUUUAGAAUUGGCUUAGUUGCUGUAAACAUUUUCCUGAUUUCCAGGCUCUGGCAAAGUUAGUUCUUCCAGUUUUUUCUUGUUUUUUUGGCAUUUCUGUCUAGGGGUGGGGGGUACAGGAGUUUGGAGCUGACAUACAUAUGCAUGUAUAGUGGUUAUUUCUCAAUCUGAAUACACACCCCGUCUGAAGAGGAAGGUAGAAGAUGCUUUCAGUUUCAUACCAUACAACAAGGGUGAGAGGGAAAAGCCAUGGAGGCGGACAAAGUCCUGCUGGAGAAGAGGAAGCUGUUUAUCCAUGCAGUGAACGAGGGCACAAUAAAUGGCUUGCUGGAUGAACUAUUAGAAAAAAAAGUGCUGAACCAGGAAGAAAUGGAGAUAAUAAGACGUGAAAAUGCUACAGACAUGAAAAAGGCCCGAGCUCUGAUUGACCCCGUCAUUCGGAAAGGGCGCCGGGCGUGCGAGAUUUGCAUCAGUCAUAUUUGUGAAGCAGACCCCUUCCUUGCAGAGAAGAUGGGACUCUGCUCAGGUCUCCAAUCUGGAAAUGACUUUAAUGCACAAGACUUGCCAGCAGUGGCACCUUUUCUACCAGGUAAUGGUGUUUUCAGAGGAAGAAUCUUCUUUGCACCCCAGCUUCCCUGAUAUUAACUACUGAUCCAUGAAGUGAACCCAGGGUGAAGGGGCAAUGGAUAAUUCAAAGAAAUCUUUCCUAUGCCUUGAUCUCUUCUAAAUCUCUUCUGCUUUAACAGUCUCGUUAGUUUCCAUAGCUUCAUUAUCUGUGUAUAUACUCCACAAAUUCUGAAUUGGUGUCUCAAAUCCUGAAUAACCACUUGAGUCCCAAACUUCUCUAUUCAAGUGCCCACUGAACAUAUUCACUCAAACCUCCCAUAUACACUUUUAUUUAAAUGUACUCAAAGUUGAAUUUGCCAUUCUUCCUGCAACUGCUUCUCUUCCAGUUUCCCCUUUGUCGGUCGGUGUCACUAACAUCAUCUAGUUGUUCAAACUAGAAAUGUGAAAUGCAUCUUCAACUCUUUCUCCCUCAUCUGCAACGUUGAAGAAAUGACUAAAUUUAUUAAUUCCUCCCUGCAACAAGAAUCGGUCUCUCCAUUUCUUCUUCUACUACAACAUUGCAAAGCCCCUUUUCCUACAGUGCCCUAGAGUUCUUCAGCCAUAACUCUCCUUACGUUUUUCUUGCAAUAUUUUUGAUACAUUAAUUGUUUUUGCCUCACUGUUCUAUAAGCCUUAUAAGCAAAAUUGGACAUGUCUGGCUUAUUCAUAACUAUGGUCUCAGCUGAGUACAGCCGUCCUUCAGUAUCCGUGGGGAUUGUUUCCAGGACCCCUACCAAUACCAAAAUCUGCAGAUGCUCAAGUCCCUUGUAUAAAAUGGCGUAGUAUUGGCAUAUAACCUAUGCACAUCCUCCCACAUGCUUUAAAUCACUUCUAGAUUACUUAUGAUACCUAAUACAACGUAAACGCUAUGUAAAUAGUUUUAUACUGUAUUGUUUAGGGAAUAAUGAGCAGACACGAGGCAAACAAUGCUCAAACAAGGAGUGCUGGAGAGAGACUGAGAAUCUGUGAAAUGGUGGGAGGCUCUAGCACGGUAUGCCUAUACAUUUCAUUAGUGUGGAUUCAGCAUGGUACUUGACACCCAGCAAAUUCAAGUUUGGCAUUUUGGAAUUUUCUUUUUUUCCAAAUGUUUUCAUUGUCAGUUGGUUGAAUCAGCGGAUGUGGAGCCACUGAGGGUCAACUGUACUUGGAUCAUAGUAUGCAUGGAAUAAAUAUUUGGUAAAUAUUGUUUCACUGAAUGAUUUCAUCAGUACCACUAAUAUUUACUAGGUCAUUAAAAAUAUAUAUAUAUAUAUAUACAUCACAUGCCAACUAGGAUCCAUGGCUUGUUCUAUGGACUGAUUUGAGAGUAAUAAACCAAACACCAAAAACCAUGCUUUUAUUGAGUUUACAUGAAUGUGUGAAGCGUGAAUGAAUAGGGAUAUAAGAAUAACCUUCAUCAAAUUAAGACUAUAUAAAAAUUUAGCAAUAAAAAUACCACUAAGCACAUUUGUAUCAGUGAAGGUAACAUUGUACGCUGUAAAAAAAAAAAAAAAAAAACAAAAC